AUGAGCAACUGUUAUUCAGGAAACGCAAGGACAUCAUUUUCCAGGACUGAAAGCACCUUCGCCACACUCACCCCUAUUCUUCCUCACUCUAGCACCUUCGCCACAGUCACCCCUAUUCCUCCUCACUCUAGCACCUUCGCCACGCUCACCCCUAUUCCUCCUCACUCUAGCACCUUCACCACGCUCACCCCUAUUCCCCCUCACUCUAGCACCUUCGCCACGCUCACCCCUAUUCCUCCUCACUCUAGCACAUUCGCCACACUCACCCCUAUUCCUCCUCACUCUAGCACCUUCGCCACGCUCAUCCCUAUUCCUCCUCACUCUAGCGCCUUCACCACACUCACCCCUAUUCCUCCUCAAUCUAGCACCUUCGCCACGCUCACCCCUAUUCCUCCUCACUCUAGCACAUUCGCCACGCUCACCCCUAUUCCCCCUCACUCUAGCACAUUCGCCACACUCACCCCUAUUCCUCCUCACUCUAGCACCUUCGCCACGCUCACCCCUAUUCCUCCUCACUCUAGCACCUUCGCCACACUCACCCCUAUUCCUCCUCACUCUAGCACCUUCGCCACGCUCACCCCUAUUCCCCCUCACUCUAGCACCUUCGCCACGCUCACCCCUAUUCCUCCUCACUCUAGCACCUUCGCGACGCUCACCCCUAUUCCCCCUCACUCUAGCACCUUCGCCACACUCACCCCUAUUCCUCCUCACUCUAGCAACUUCGCCACGCUCACCCCUAUUCCUCCUCACUCUAGCACCUUCGCCACGCUCACCCCUAUUCCCCCUCACUCUAGCACAUUCGCCACGCUCACCCCUAUUCCUCCUCACUCUAGCACAUUCGCCACGCUCACCCCUAUUCCCCCUCACUCUAGCACCUUCGCGACGCUCACCCCUAUUCCCCCUCACUCUAGCACCUUCGCCACACUCACCCCUAUUCCUCCUCACUCUAGCAACUUCGCCACGCUCACCCCUAUUCCCCCUCACUCUAGCACCUUCGCCACGCUCACCCCUAUUCCCCCUCACUCUAGCACCUUCACCACGCUCACCCCUAUUCCUCCUCACUCUAGCACCUUCGCCACCCUCACCCCUAUUCCUCCUCACUCUAGCACCUUCGCCACGCUCACCCCUAUUCCCCCUCACUCUAGCACCUUCGCCACGCUCACCCCUAUUCCCCCUCACUCUAGCACCUUCGCCACGCUCACCCCUAGUCCUCCUCACUCUAGCACCUUCGCCAAGCUCACCCCUAUUCUCCCUCACUCUAGCACCUUCGCCACGCUCACCCCUAUUCCUCCUCACUCUAGCACCUUCGCCACGCUCACCCCUAUUCCUCCUCACUCUAGCACCUUCGCCACGCUCACCCUUAUUCCCCCUCACUCUAGCACCUUCGCCACGCUCACCCCUAUUCCCCCUCACUCUAGCACCUUCGCCACGCUCACCCCUAGUCCUCCUCACUCUAGCACCUUCGCCAAGCUCACCCCUAUUCUCCCUCACUCUAGCACCUUCGCCACGCUCACCCCUAUUCCUCCUCACUCUAGCACCUUCGCCACGCUCACCCCUAUUCCUCCUCACUCUAGAACCUUCGCCAUGCUCACCCUUAUUCCCCCUCACUCUAGCACCUUCGCCACGCUCACCCCUAUUCCCCCUCACUCUAGCACCUUCGCCACGCUCACCCCUAUUCCCCCUCACUCUAGCACCUUCGCCACACUCAUCCCUAUUCCCCCUCGCUCUAGCACCUUCGCCGCGCUCACCCCUAUUCCUCCUCACUCUAGCACAUUCGCCACACUCACCCCUAUUCCUCCUCACUCUAGCACCUUCGCCACGCUCAUCCCUAUUCCUCCGCACUCUAGCGCCUUCACCACACUCACCCCUAUUCCUCCUCACUCUAGCACCUUCGCCACGCUCACCCCUAUUCCUCCUCAUUCUAGCACCUUCGCCACGCUCACCCCUAUUCCCCCUCACUCUAGCUCAUUCGCCACGCUCACCACUAUUGCUCCUCACUCUAGCACAUUCGCCACGCUCACCCCUAUUCCCCCUCACUCUAGCACAUUCGCCACACUCACCCCUAUUCCUCCUCACUCUAGCACCUUCGCCACACUCACCCCUAUUCCUCCUCACUCUAGCACCUUCGCCACACUCACCCCUAUUCCUCCUCACUCUAGCACAUUCGCCACGCUCACCCCUAUUCCUCCUCACUCUAGCACCUUCGCAACGCUCACCCCUAUUCCUCCUCACUCUAGCACCUUCGCCACGCUCACCCCUAUUCCUCCUCACUCUAGCACCUUCGCCACGCUCACCCCUAUUCCCUCUCACUCUAGCACCUUCGCAACGCUCACCCCUAUUCCUCCUCACUCUAGCACCUUCGCCACGCUCACCCCUAUUCCCCCUCACUCUAGCACCUUCGCCACGCUCACCCCUAUUCCUCCUCACUCUAGCACCUUCGCCACGCUCACCCCUAUUACUCCUCACUCUAGCACCUUCGCAACGCUCACCCCUAUUCCUCCUCACUCUAGCACCUUCGCCACGCUCACCCCUAUUCCCUCUCACUCUAGCACCUUCGCCACGCUCACCCCUAUUCCUCCUCACUCUAGCACCUUCGCCACGCUCACCCCUAUUCCUCCUCACUCUAGCACCUUCGCCACGCUCACCCCUAUUCCCCCUCACUCUAGCACCUUCGCCACGCUCACCCCUAUUCCUCCUCACUCUAGCACCUUCGCCACGCUCACCCCUAUUCCUCCUCACUCUAGCACCUUCGCCACGCUCACCCCUAUUCCCUCUCACUCUAGCACCUUCGCCACGCUCACCCCUAUUCCUCCUCACUCUAGCACCUUCGCCACGCUCACCCCUAUUCCCCCUCACUCUAGCACCUUCGCCACGCUCACCCCUAUUCCUCCUCACUCUAGCACCUUCGCCACGCUCACCCCUAUUCCUCCUCACUCUAGCACCUUCGCCACGCUCACCCCUAUUCCUCCUCACUCUAGCACCUUCGCCACGCUCACCCCUAUUCCUCCUCACUCUAGCACCUUCGCCAACCUCACCCCUAUUCCUCCUCACUCUAGCACCUUCGCCACGCUCACCCCUAUUCCUCCUCACUCUAGCACCUUCGCCACGCUCACCCCUAGUCCCCCUCACUCUAGCACCUUCGCAACGCUCACCCCUAGUCCUCCUCACUCUAGGACCUUCGCCACGCUCACCCCUAUUCCUCCUCACUCUAGCACCUUCGCCACGCUCACCCCUAUUCCUCCUCACUCAAGAACAUUUGCCAGGCUCACCCCUAUUCCUCCUCACUCUAGCACCUUCGCCACACUCACCCCUAUUCCUCCUCACUCUAGCACCUUCGCCACACUCACCCUUAUUCCUCCUCACUCUAGCACCUUCGCCACGCUCACCCCUAUUCCUCCUCACUCUAGCACCUUCGUCACGCUCACCCCUAUUCCUCCUCACUCUAGCACCUUCGUAAUGCUCACCCCUAUUCCUCCUCACUCUAGCACCUUCGCCACGCUCACCCCUAUUCCUCCUCACUCUAGCACCUUCGCCACGCUCACCCCUGUUCCUCCUCACUCUAGAACCUUCGCCACGCUCACCCCUAUUCCUCCUCACUCUAGCACCUUCGUAAUGCUCACCCCUAUUCCUCCUCACUCUAGCACCGUCGUAAUGCUCACCCCUAUUCCUCCUCACUCUAGCACCUUCGUAAUGCUCACCCCUAUUCCUCCUCACUCUAGCACCGUCGUAAUGCUCACCCCUAUUCCUCCUCACUCUAGCACCUUCGCCACCCUCACCCCUAGUCCCCCUCACUCUAGCACCUUCGCCACGCUCACCCCUAGUCCUCCUCACUCUAGCACCAUCGCCACGCUCACCCCUAUUCCUCCUCACUCUAGCACCUUCGCCACGCUCACCCCUAUUCCUCCUCACUCUAGAACCUUCGCCACGCUCACCCCUAUUCCUCCUCACUCUAGCACCUUCGCCACCCACACCCCUAUUCCUCCUCACUCUAGCACCUUCGCCACGCUCACCCCUGUUCCUCCUCACUCUAGCACCUUCGCCACGCUCACCCCUAUUCCUCCUCACUCUAGCACCUUCGCCACUCACCCCUAUUCCUCCUCACUCUAG